AAACGUAUCUUAAGCGUAUAGGGUAACUAUAGCAGCGCUAACUUUCCUAGAUUCCAUAUGUUUCGAAGGCUGUCAACCCUAUCCAGGUGGAAAAUCUCUUUAAUGAAAUUACCGUUUUCCCCUUCUGGUCUUCCGCCUCACCUUUUCCGUCUAGUCGGAAACGCUCAACAUCUCAGCUUCAGCGAAGCAGCGCUAGCGCCAGCGUAGCGAUUGCUUGAAUAGUGGUUGAUCUGCAGGUGCGAGUGAUACAGAAGUGUGAGAGAAGCCUGUUUACGAAACGAAUGAUUCAUCAUGCGUCCGAAUGACUCGGUAUGGGAAAGAACGACAGAUAAUUCACAGACUGCAGCGUGCUGAACUACCUUCCGUAGUCGGCCGCUAGCUAAGCUCAGAAGCAGUAAAGUAAUUGGAUUAUGUUGACCCGGUCAAAUUGACCUUUCUUUCUCUGGUGUGCGCUACCCUCUUUCUCUGACGUGUAACAUAAUAUGUGGGUUAUGUCCUUCAUGGUGUAAGCAGACUUUGUUGUCUGCUAGCAUUUCUAUUUCUACGCCAAUUCAUUUGCUACCUCUGAGCUCUGUGUAGAAAUAUAGUAACCCACUAGCCUUCGCGGUUUAUUUCCACAAUUUACGAUAUUAUUUGCUCUGUUCAGAUGUUUAUGUUUUCGCCCGUCUCUCCUCGCUUUAAAUUUAUUUUCUCUCCGCUCUCGCAAAACCAACACUUGCUCAUAUACCGACUUAUGUUGGUAUGUGUUCCCAAACAUUAAAUUUUUCAUGCGAUUCAGUUGGCAGCUCCGACCAGCUGUCAAACAGGUUUCAAUUCAUUAUCAAUUCGCAGCUCAUCAUUAGUCGGUGUUUCUUUCGCGUACCGUUUGUGUAUAUUUACCAAUUUGCCUGCGUUCUGCAGCUGUUUUUUCCUCAACCGGGAUGUUUACAAAAUAAACUUCCAGGGUUGCCCACCAUCUUUUUAGGAAGCGUUACAACCGAAGUCAUCAAAAUCUCAAACCACGACACCAUGUCACUACGCAAUGGAGGUCACGUACGGUGGGCCUUUGACCUCGCCAGCUGGCGGCCCUGUUUGACGGAUUUGCUGCUGGCAACGUCGUGCAUCCAGCCGGAGGAGAAGGCCCGGCUGGCGAAGUUUGUGUUUCGCGAUGACUUCAACGCUUCGCUGAUCGGGCGGUUGAUGAUGCGACGGUUCGUCCAUCUGGCCACCGGGCUGCAGUACGAUCAGAUCCAGUUCGAUCGGGAUCUGAAGGGGAAACCGUACCUGAAGAACGAAGGCUACGUGAUCGAUUUCAAUGUGUCGCAUCAGGGUCGCUACUCGGUGCUGGCAGGGCUGGUGACAGCUAGGGAUGAGUUGACGGAUCGCAGGGCGCCGAAGAUUGGCGUUGACGUGAUGAAAAUCGAGUACAGCGGAGGGAAACCGUUGGGGGAGUUUUUCAGGCUGAUGAAUCGAAACUUUUCGGAUGAUGAGUGGCGGUAUAUCAAGGGGCAACCAACCGAAGCGGAGCAGUUGGAGGCAUUUAUGCGAAAUUGGUGCUUGAAGGAGAGCUAUGUUAAAAAUGUUGGCGUAGGGAUAACGGUUGAUUUGAGGAAGAUAAGCUUCUCCAUUGCUAGCAAGGUGUUAGACACAAAGAAGGUUGUCUGUGAUAGUAAGCUGAAGCUGAACGAUGAGCUGUUGAAGGACUGGCGAUUCGAGGAAUCUCUGAUCGAUAAAGAUCACUGCGUGGCGGUUGCUUUGGAGAAUUUUCCACUGGAUGCGGACCUAUCGGAGAACUGCUUUGAAGUUAUUGGUUUCGAUACACUUGUAGAAGGCCAUAAGCCACUUUUGGCGAUCGAUGAAAACUACUGCGAUGGUAUUAUCAAUAAGGAGUACAAGAAAUCUAAAUAAAGAUUUUAAUUAUAUAAACUGUUGGUGGAUGUUCGUUCACAAA